AUGGGAGAGAUAUCCGGCACACCGUCGCUGAUUGAACAGGAAUUACCGGAGUUCGCAUCUAGACUUGGUCCAGGUUUGAUUCCGUGUUCAACAACCGUUGGAGAUGCACACUUGUUGAACUUGGGAGAAGAAGGUGACAUAUCCCGACCGACCACUCAGGAUAACAGGCUGCAGCAAGACCGCCAAGAAAGUCGACCCUCAUACAACCGACCGCCCGCCGAUAACCUCCCAUUUACCGUUGAACAAUCUCUACCAACCGUCCAAACCAAUGAUGACCACAGACCGUUGAUAACAUCCCCUGAGUCCAGGCGAUUAUCGAGGGAGUUUGCCGAAUCAACAAGGAGAGUUUCCUUUGCGUCAUCUCCUACCAUAACCGCUGGGGUGAGAGAAGUAGGUAGCGAAGUCUCAACGGCCAAGGAAAUCGAACUGACGACCGAAGAUCCGUCGACGAAACCGCCGAAAACUACCAAUUAUUCCGUUCCUACUGUUCCUGUAUGGAAAUGGAGCCUGACAUUUGAUGGGUCAACCAGUGUGACCUCGUUCCUGGAAGAGGCUGAGUAUCUUGCCGAGGAUGCAAGAGACUGGUACAUUCCCCGAAGAGGCACAUUCAGCGACUGGACAGAUUUCAAAGACCAACUUCGAGAGGCCUUUCUUCCUCCUGAUUACGAGGAGAUUCUACUAGAGGAGAUCAAGAAACGCACUCAAGGAACCGAUGAACGACUCUUGUUGUAUGUAACUCGAAUGCAAAAUCUGUUUCAGAAACUGACCGUAAAGCGACCGACCGAGGAAGAGCAGGUGAAUAUCAUCAGACGACGUUUACUGCCAGAAUUACAAACCGCCCUGGCCUUCCAACCGACCGCCACAAUAGAUGAACUGCUCCGUAAAGGAAAAGUUUUCGAAUUGGUCAAAUGGCAAACUUCUAACUAUACUUCGCCACCGUUACAAAAAGGUCUCAUCAACGAACCGCAUCUUACUUUCCGAAAUCCCUCACCGAACGUCCAACCGAUCGGAAUGCACCUCAGCACACUGUCCGAACCGUCCGAUAAACCGAAACUUGUCCAAAACUCUACAACACGUCAGAGACAAGAUGAACCGAAGAAUACCGUACGACCGCCAACCGAAACCCAGUGCUGGAGAUGUGGUGGUAAGGGCCAUCUACGAGUACAGUGUAAAUCGAAACCGAUACUUUUCUGCUCUCGAUGUGGUAAGAAGGGUGUAAUGUCCAGAGAUUGUCAGUGUCCGUUACCGAGGAACUCCCCAAAGCCGAGGAUCCGUCAGUUUCAAUCAACUCCAUCCCCUGUUAUUCCGAAGAAAACCUUUUCUGAUAACCGUCCUAUAAUUAUUGUUCUUAUAGGAGACAAGGAGUUCCAGGCACUCUUGGACACCGGAUCAACCAGGUCCUUCAUCAGCAGUGAAGUGGCUGCCCACUGCAAGGCCGCUGGAAUAAAUCCGAAUUAUGUUAGGGACGUUACCACCACCGUCGCUAACGGAAGUUCUAUCCCGAUUAAGGAAAUGUACACAGCACAAGUUCAGGUUGGAUCCGAAAAUAUUGAGGCUACGUGGUUGUUAGUUUCAGAUUUACCGAUCAGUGUAGUACUGGGAAUGGAUGUACUGAGAGCACACGACUUCUCCAUCAAUCUCCAAACCGCCGAAUGCUUUUUGAAUGGCAAGUCUCUAAAGGACAAGCCCAUGAUGCAGGAAAAGCAGAAUCCGUUACCGUUACCGUUACCGACCGAAGGAACCAUAUGCCUGACUGAGGACAAUAGCCAGAAUUGGGAAAUCCCUGGAAGUUAUGUGUUCCGAAAGAUGACCGAAGAGAAGUCCUUCUCGAAAACCAUGACCGACCGACCGCUGGACACUUGGGAAUAGCAGAAACGAAAGUUCGCAUAGCCCGCAGCUACUAUUGGCCAGGAAUGUUCCGAGAAAUUGCCCAAUAUAUCCGAAAAUGUAGCAAGUGUCACCGAUACAAGGUUC